CACGAACACCGCUGUUCUUCUCCAUCGGAUCACCGCGCCUUUCACUCCGUUCUGUCAGUUUGCAAUAUGGCUUCGCGUGCUUUCUUCACUACUCAACUCCAUUCCGCUCGCCGUUUUGGUGUUCGUUAUCAGACCAACCUUGCCAAGAAUGAUUUCGUAGCUGAGCGCGAAGCUAUCAAGCAUCACGCUGCAGACGCUGCUGAGACUUGGAGAAAAAUUGCGUUAUUCGUUUGCAUUCCUGCACUACUUGCCUCUGGUAUCAACGCCUAUAAUUUGUAUCGCAAGCAUCAAGAGCAUGCUGCUCAUCAUCCAAAGGAGUGGGUUAAAUACGAGUAUAUCAAUUGGCGAGCUAGGGACUUCUUCUGGGGACGUGAAGCACUUUUAUUCAAUCCCAAAGUGAAUCUUCCUGCUUCGGAGGAAGAUCAGUAGAUGGGAGAGAUCUUCCAUUGCCAUUGUGGUAUUAUUUACGUGGAUGAGUUGUUUAAGUUAAGCUGUGUGACGAAAAAAAGAAGAGAAGAACCCCAGUUUUCAAUCAAUCAAUUGAAUCAUGGUAAAAUAAAACGACGUAAAUUCCUUUGAAUCCAA